AUGGAUACGGAUGCACCCAACGGCCAGGAGAGUGAUUAUGGAAGUUCUCCAUGGAUCGAAUUAGGGGCCUUUGAGUCUCCAGGAGGCUCUCAUCACAGUCCACCAUUGCCAGAUUUCCAUGGGUUCAGCUAUGGAUCUUCACCUAUCAUGCCACUGGAACCGGCGUACAGCAUGUCUAUUCCUCCGCCAUAUUCGACAAUCAACCUGGCCAUGCCAGCUCAUCCUUGGCCUAGUAUGUUGACCACCCAGUCGCCUUUUCCGGAGGCUUCACUGUCGCCUGCUCCCACUCCGACUUUGUCGAUACCCCAACCAGUACCUAUUCGGCCUUUGCAUAAGACUCCCGCGCCCUCUGCGCCAACGCCUCGCAGGACUUUGACCGAUGAAGACCGCCGGCGAAUGUGCUUGUAUCAUGAAGAGAACAAGUCAGCUAAACAGACUGAUAUCGGAGCCUUGUUUGGUGUGGAGAGGAGUACCGUAUCAAAGGUCCUACGACAAAAGGAAAAGUAUCUAAGUAUGGAUGAUGGAAGCCGAUCACCCAUCAAACGAAGCAAAGGAAAAGUGCCCGACAUCGAAAAAGCCCUGGCCAACUGGGCACGAAACUAUCAGCGCCAGGGCUUUGUCUUGACCGAUGCCAUGAUCAAAGAGAAAGCACAUUUCUUCGCCACAACCUGUGCCAGUCCAGACGGGAAACAAAAAAUCCUCACCGCAAGCUGGCUGGAGAAAUUCAAGCAAAAGAACAACUUAUCCGGAUCCAAGUCUCGAAAGAAUUCCACGGAUACAAUCGCAAGUGAUAGAGAAGACCUACCUCAUCUCCAGUCCCCAACUGGUACGCUCAUAUCGACGGGUGUAUCACCUAUUUCACCUACUGGACUAACCCCAUCGCCUCUUUCGCCUUCUAUGAGCCAAGAAACCUUGAAGAAAGAACUGGGUGAAAGCGCUCUUCUUGACUUUUCUAGAGAUCCGGUCAAACAUGGUCAUUCUCAGAGUACAACAUCGCUGGACACAACCCCAUCCCUGUCUGCCGGUGUGGCUAGUCCGACGUCGCCUCUAAUUUCUGAAAGCCCAUUCACGCCAACCGUGCGCUCUCGUCUCCCUUCAAUCAGCUCUGCUGCCAGUCGACCUCGAAGCCAGACGUUCCCACUUGUAGGAGACGCGGAGUCUCUGAAUGGAAACAGUGAACAUCACAACGUCACAAACUCCAAGCACUCAAUGAACGGAGCACUGUCCGUCUCAGUGGUUGAUUCAUCCUUGGACGAGGACCACGAACAGAAAGGCCUGAACGAUACCGGCGAUGACAGCAACAACAGCUCGAUGAAACAUCACAGAAGCAACCCAGACCUGAAGUCGAUUAGUACUUCGAUGCAGCCACCACCCGUACCACCAUCCAGAUCGAGCACAGUGAGCAGUCCCGUCUCUCCUGGAUCACCCACACAGGACGAAGCGCGACGUGCCCUAGAACUAGUCAUGAACUACAUCCAGAACCAACCCUCCGGAUUAGGGCUACAGAUGCAGGACUAUGUUACAAUGGGUAAAUUGAUGGAGAAGCUUGAUUUGGUGCACAACAACCAGUCGAUCUCGGGUAGACUUCAUCGCAUCGAUGAGGAUACAGAUGGUCCUCAGAUGACUAAGAAGAGGAGUAUUCAUUCCUUGACAUAG